AUGCUGAAGAUCAACGAGGAUGGAAGUUGCCAACGCAUCGGAAUCGACGGAGCAGCUUUGCCUGGCACCAAAAACAUCGACGAGUUUGGUCCUAAUGGCAUGAAAGAGGCUUUGGCCAGUAUCAAGAAGGAACAGGAGCCUCAUGAGGUCAAUGCUGUAAGAGGAAAGUUCUCGAAGGUCACGUUGGAUACUGUAGGUUUUUUGGAAAUUAUUUUGGUAAAAGUGUUUUCAUGGUUUGUUGUAAGGGAGGUUUUAUGUUUAUGGGGAUUAUUAUGACGACUUUAAGCACAAUUUAUGUCAAAAAAAUUUUAUUUAUGUUAAAAACAAUAUUUAAGUUCAUCAGAAGUCGGGUUUUCAGCUAGAUUCUAGCGACGAAGACGAUCCCGAGCCGAGUUUUCAUACUGCUCCAGUGUCUCAAUCAGAAAUCAAUGAAUCCGAGCAAGAAAAAGGUGUAAAGGAAUUGAAGGAAGACCAGAAGGACACUAUGGUGUGUUCUUAUUUUGGUCUACUUUUUGUUUUUACGGUUUUAUGUAAUCUAUUUUUGUUAGACUUGUUUUAUUUCUUUUUACCAAAUUUUUAUAAAAUUUUAAAAAAUUAGGUACAAUUCAAACUCUCCUUUGUACUAUUAGUGAGUAGUUUCUUUGGCUCUGCGACCGUUAUUGGAAAACAUUAAGUUUUAAGCGGCAAAUUAUGUAAAAUCCAUACUAAAAUACUGCUUUAGACUUGGAAAAUCCCGGUGAUGUUCAUCUUCAUCAACCAAACCGGUCGGUUUGUACCUAAAAUCGAAGUCAGUGUAGAACCGAACAGUAGUAUUGAAAAAGUUGUCAAAACUGCUCUCAAGGCCAUCCAAGUGGAGACCAAAGACAUCUCGGACCUUCAAGUUCAAGAACAAGCACAUGGAGUGACAAAAGAAGUUCAUACUAUGAAUGACACUGCCAACCCACAAGGAGCAUAUUGUAUUACUUUCCAACACAAGUUCCAGGUUAAUGUAAGUAGUGUUUGGGGCGCUAGGACAAAUGCGGUUUUUGGACAUUUGCGGAUCUUCGGUUUUUGGACACUUGCGGAUUUUCAACAUUUGCGGAUUUUUUAAAGGUUUUUUUUAAAUUUUUUAGUUAAUUUAGUUGUAGUAUGGUACUAAAUUGUACUAAAGUUUAAAUUGGUGCGGUUUUAACAUAACAGUACCUUUUUGGGCUUUUAGUACUAUUUAGUACCAAAAAUAUAAAAACAGUACCGAUUAAAAAUUUAGUACUAUUUAACAUUAAGAAAUAUUAAGACAGUGCCAAUUUAAACUUUAGUACCAUUUAGUACCAUACUACAACUAAAUUAAAUAAAAAAUAAAAAAAACCCUUUAAAAAAUCCGCAAAUGUCCAAAAACCGCAUUUGUCCUAGCGCCGUGUUUGGAUAACAUUAUGGAUUUUAAGUUAAUUUGGGAGUUAAGUUUUUGUUUUUUUUGAAGAUUUGAAGUUAACUUUAAUUUAUAAGUACAGGCUUAAUCGUAUAAAACGUCGCUUUGGGCAUUUUUUUAUAAUAUUUAUUCUGUACAAUUUUUUUGGAAUUUACAUUGCGACAUAUUGGUAUGUAUCAUAAAUAUAAUUAAAAUGUGUCUAGGAGCCGAUUGUUGUCAAUUUUGCCUACACAAGCCCUGACGGUGGGAUUCAGAAGCACACGGUGCAGUAUGAAAAUGAAUCUGUCGAUAGUCCAGCUGCCUUGGUCUUCAAAAAGUACAGUCAAUUGAAGCUUACAGACUUGAACUCAAUCAAAGCCACAAAAGAUGGAAAGGAAAUCAGUGUGGAACAGUUAUUGAGUCAACCUGGAGAGUACAAUAUCAGUUUUGGGUCUAAGGUUCCUGAGGAUAAGGUGGGAAGAUUACAAGUUUAAAGAACUAUAUUUUAAAUUAAAUACAGAUUAUUGUAGUUUGACUACCUUAAUAUUCUUAUUGACUAAAUUAAUGUUUUAGAGUAAGGUACUGUACCACUUCCGUGUCCUCAGCCGUGCUUCAUUUGACACUCGCUGCUACACCGUUGAAUCUCCAGUAGAACCUCGCUCCUUCCAUCGCUUCUGGACUGAAUGGGCUCCAACUGUUGGUUUGAAGCCUGAAAAUCUGCAUAAACUAGCUGAACAUACGACUGGUCCACUCAAAGAUAUGGAGUUCAACUCUAAAUUGACUCCAUUCUCGGCUUACAUGAUUGCCUACACUGGGGAGUUCUGA